ACAGGACCGGUCGCUACCAUAACGGCUGUUAACUGCGUUCGUACGGGGCUGUGAACGCUGCCUAAAUCUAUAACGCAAACUUCGGGCAAACUUGACGGUGACAGCCGCAGAAUGCAGUCGGAAUCGGGGAUAGUGCCCGAUUUUGAAAUCGGAGAGGAAUUCUCGCAUGAACCGAAAACAUAUUAUGAACUGAAGAGCCAACCGCUGAAAAACAGUAAUCCUCCCGACCAGCAUGGCUCCUCCAAGCCCCCGCUGAGCACCUCCGCGAUGACAUCACGCAUCCUGCUCCGACAGCAGCUGAUGCGAGAUCAGCUGCAGGAGCAGGAGCGCCGCGAGCAACAGAGGCAGCAGGCCUCGUCAUUUCUGCCUCACAGCAGUGGCCAGACCCCGGCCAUCAACGUCAACGUGCCGCCCUGCCUCCCCCCAGCUGCCCAGGUACCCAUGGAGGUGCUCAAGGUCCAAACGCACCUGGAGAACCCCACCAAGUACCACAUCCAGCAAGCCCAACGGCAGCAGGUGAAGCAGUACCUCUCCACCACCCUUGGCAACAAGCUGGGCAGCCAAUCUGUCAGCCUGCCCUGUACCAACCAGGCCACGGAGCACGGGGGCAUGCCCCCAGGACCGGGCAACAGUGCCCCCAAUAGCCCCAUGGCUCUGCUGACCCUCAACUCCAACUGUGAGAAAGAGGUAGAGCACACAGGACAGAGUCACCUCUGGAGCGCACAGAGCACCGCAGACAGGAUGGACGACGUUAUUGAUGACAUUAUUAGUUUGGAAUCGAGUUAUAAUGACGAUAUCCUCGGACUGAUGGAUCCAAGUCUUCAAAUGGCAAAUACGAUCCCGGUGUCCGGCAGUCUCCUGGAAUUGUACAAUAACCAGGGCAUGCCUCCCCCUGGGCUCUCCAUCAGCAACUCCUGCCCUGCCAAUUUGUCCAACAUCAAAAGGGAACUCUCAGUUACCCCAGCUCCGGCGUUGAUGCACAUGCUGGACAAGUCUGGAUCCUGUGGCAAGUUUGAAAACUAUCAAAGGCCUGAGGGCUUUCCAGUAGAGGCUGAAGUGAGAGCCUUGGCAAAGGAGAGGCAGAAGAAGGACAAUCACAACCUCAUUGAACGAAGACGCCGGUUUAACAUCAAUGACCGAAUCAAAGAGCUCGGAACCUUGAUUCCAAAAUCAAAUGAUCCGGACAUGCGGUGGAACAAGGGCACCAUCCUGAAGGCUUCUGUGGACUACAUCCGCAAGCUGCAGAGGGAGCAGCAGCGCGCCAAGGAGCUGGAGAACAGGCAGAAGAAGCUGGAGCAUGCCAACAGGCACCUCAUGCUACGGAUACAGGAGCUGGAAAUGCAGGCUCGUGCUCAUGGACUAGUGGUGGUUGCCUCGUCCGCACUCUGCCCCUCAGAACUCACCAAUCGGGCCAUCAAGCAGGAGCCAGUCCUGGGAGACUGCAGCCAGGACAUGUACCCCCACGGGCACCACCCAGCCUCUGACCCGUCCAGGCCAACCACGCUGGACCUCAAUGACGGCACCAUCAGCUACAGCGACAACCACCCCGAGCAGGGCGAUCCCAGAGUCUAUGGAAUGCCAGCAAAAGUGGCGUCAAAGCUGGACGACAUCCUGAUGGAUGGCACGCUGUCACCAGUUGGCGUGAGCGAUCCCCUGCUCUCCUCCGUUUCACCAGGCGCCUCUCAGGACAGCAGCCGCAGAAGCAGCAUAAGCAUGGAGGAGAACGAACACGGCUGUUAGCGCCGACCUGUUGGUGGCCUGCCCUGUACAACUACUAACAGUUGGCACAGUAACACUGCUGCGAGGGAGAGGUACAAAGCCUUGUUUCUGAAGUGUUGUUUUUUUUAUUGUUUACAUUUUUUUCAGUAACUUUUUUUGUUUUUGAUUUAUUUUCAGUUAUAUGAAGUCAUUAACCUGUAUCAAAAAAAAAUCAGUUUAUUUGUAAAGGAGUGAUUUUAUAUACACUAGCUGACAUUAUAGUUGUUUUAAUCGGAAAUGAUUACAUAGAUACAGUGUAUUCUUUGAAGAUGAUCAUUUUGGAAUUCCACUGUAAAUAUUUAAGUUAUAUUCAUAGAGAGCUUUGGAAAGAAAUAGCAGGUCACAUUGUUUAAUGGCAAAUGGAAAAUUGCCGUUCCAAAGACAAGCCUAUGAGAGUUUGCUCAUUUUUCCAACUCUUCACGUUUGUGUAACCUAUACUCUAAACACGUGGGUUGAUCACAUCGUAGCUGUGCAGAGUGCUUGUAUUGAAGGUGAACUCAGAUUACACCUCUUGUAAAAGUGGCCUGCUAGGGGAGAACUGCCUAUCCAUGUGGCAUACAUUUAACAUUAACAUUUACCAUAUUUAUGGAGGGGGGGUCACUGAUAAUAAAUAGCAUUCCCCUAACCUAAGCUUUCUAAAAAAUGGCUUUAUGAAGCUUGUACAGAUUGUGGUUCCCAGGCCUAAAACGGAGCACGCUUUUUUUUUUUUUUUUGCAUAGGGCCCAUCUAAGUCAGAAUUUCAGUCCUUGUACCAAAGCCUACACCUCCAGUUUGGAGAAUACCGCGUCGUCUUGUCAGUCAACUCUUGGAAUCGGCACAUCCAUCUGUGACCAGUCAAUAUACCAAAUUAUCACUAUUACAUUUACAAUCAAUCCCAAACAAUGCGAAACAGCGCUUGAAUCUUUGAAUAAGCUUGCACUUCUUGGGACUCAGCUAGCAACAUUUAGGUUGCAAAUUCAGCCCCUUUACUACUUGGCUACCUGCGGCCCCUUAGCUUAUUGUCUGCCAAGGCACAGGAAUAAAAGCUUGAUUCAGGGAUGCUUCUACUGUCAGGGUAGCUGCCCUGUCUUGAGUGCCUGAGUCCAGAUGUGGGCCAGAGCUACUGGAUUAGCCAUCACUUCCUACUGUCUCCAUGAUGGCAGCUUGAACUUUUUAGGAAUCCGUGCAUUUAUUCAUCUUUUUUUUUUUUUUUUUUUUUUUUUAAAGCCUACCCUCACUAUGUACAUAUUGUAUUCUUGUUGUAGGUAAAGUGUACCAACACCAGGUUUCUUAAUUUUCAUACACUCCGCUAAAUAUAUUUUGAAAUUGAAACUUUAU